GGAGCCCCGGGAGUAGUGGGUCUCCCCGUCCACUGAGCCGAAGACCCGUGGACUGCCCUGACACCGACCAGGCGCUCCUAGGGUCGAGCUGCGCCUGGGUUUCUCCACUUUUCUCUCGCCACCCACUUCUCUCUCCUACCGCGUUGCUCAGGCUCGGGCCACCUCACCUGACCGAGAUUUUCCAGUGUAGGACUACGAUGUUAUUCCUUGGAGCAUCUCCAUGCUAAGGCAAAAGUGAAGACGCUAUUAAUGAUCCCAAUACAUUUUCUUAAAAGUUUGGGUAGCGCUCACUGCUUUGCACGUCAGUGAUCGUAUUGAUAUGCGUCCUCUCUCCCCAGCCCUGGGGCCUCAGGUAGUUGGGUGGCAAGGGCAGGAUUAUCCCAAAGGCCUUGAAAAGGAUAAGAUUUCAGACUUUUAUUUACUUCUUUUGGGGGGAGGCCAUCAAGCAGAACCGAGGAGCAGUGAAUCAGCAGUUCAAGUGAAUCUUUGAUGAUGAGGAAGGUUGCCCAGAGCCACGUGCUGGAUUAAAAAAUCUUACUUCAGCAUCUUUCCAAGUCCGGGCGGCUCUCUUCCUACCUUUCUCACCAGCAGAGUUGCCUAGAUGUAGUUAAGAUAGGCAGACCCCUUGUUAUGUGCCAUUUCACAGGUCUGUAGUUAUUACAAGUUCUUAGUUUAUUAUUUAACAAUUUAGUGGUAAACCUUUUCUUCAUUGUAUAACUAUGAGAUUCUGAGACAAGAUAAACCAGUCCUUUUGACAACAGGGAUUACUGGAUAUGAGUUAGAAGGAUUUGUUAAAUUCCCUCAGUUUCUGACAUAGUAGCAUUACUGAUGAUCUGGAAACUAUGAAGAACAUUUUAACUUUCAAUCAUUUCAUCUUGUUGGAUCUGUCAGGACCAUAAGUAGACAAUAAAGCUUCAGAAAGGUCUUUACCACUCUUCCUGUUCCCAACUCUAAUAUAUAGAUGAUAUCAGGUUAAAAUGAACAUUACAGAAAUCUAUCACAUCAGGAAAGAAAGUGAAGAUUAAAAAGGAUGACAUGUAAUAUGAAGGUCAAGAAAAAGAAUGUGGAGUAAUUCUGUUCUCUACCUUGCAAAUGGGAAUCCUUAGAGAUGAUAUCUUGGAAUUAAAUGAAGAGGUUUGAGAUAGUGAAUUCCUAAGAAGAAAAUAAUGGAUUUCAUAUUAGUUGUUCUCUAAGUAUUUGGACUCAGCAUUGUGCAGGUUUUUUGCAAAGGCCAAAAGAAGAUGGCAACUCCUUAUGUCCCAGUUCCUAUGCCCAUAGGGAACUCUGCUUCCAGUUUUGCAACCAACAGAAACCAAAGAAGUUCUUCUUUUGGGAGUAUCUCAACAAGCUCAAACUCUUCCAAAGGCCACUUAGAGGACUCAAAUAUGGGUAAUUUUAAACAGACAAGUGUACCCAAUCAAAUGGAUAGUACUUCAUCUGUCUGUAGCAGUCCCCUCAUUAGGACUAAAUUUACAGGUGCAGAUUCUUCCAUUGAGUAUUCUGCUAGACCAAGAGAAAGUGAAGAACAAAAUCCUGAAACAGUAUAUUUGGAAGAUAGACCUUCGACACCUACUAUACUGGGUUAUGAAGUGAUGGAAGAAAGAGCUAAAUUUACUGUAUAUAAAAUACUAGUAAAGAAAACCCCAGAAGAAAGUUGGGUAGUUUUCAGAAGAUACACUGACUUCUCUAGACUUAAUGAUAAAUUAAAAGAGAUGUUUCCAGGCUUUCGAUUAGCACUUCCACCAAAACGCUGGUUCAAAGAUAAUUACAAUGCUGACUUUUUAGAAGAUAGGCAACUAGGAUUACAAGCAUUUCUUCAAAAUUUAGUGGCUCACAAAGACAUUGCUAACUGCCUUGCAGUGAGAGAAUUUCUUUGUCUGGAUGAUCCACCAGGCCCAUUUGAUAGCCUAGAAGAAAGCAGGGCUUUCUGUGAAACUUUAGAAGAGACAAACUACCGUUUUCAAAAAGAACUACUUGAAAAACAGAAAGAGGUGGAAUCACUGAAGAAACUGCUGAAUGAAAAGCAACUUCAUAUAGAAACUCUAGAGAGCAGAAUCAGAACAUUGUCUUUAGAACCCGAAGAAUCACUGCACAUGUCAGAAACAGAAGGUGGACACAUCCCAAAGGUGGAGUCCUCCACACUUGAGGUUGAUCAAGAUGUUUUGCAUGAAGAAUCUAGAACUGAUGAUAAGCCAUGCUUAAGUUUUAGUGAACCUGAAAAUUCUGUAUCGGACAUAGAAGUUGCAGAAGUGGCGUACAAUGCAGAAGACUAAUACAUGACAAGCAGUUCCUUCCAUGUAUAUGUUUCAGCAAAUUUAGAAUAGAGUGGCAAAUAUUUAAAAAGAAAAAAGACUGAAGCAUUUACAGAAAACAGAAAGAUUGCACAUGUAUUAAAGUUUACAUAAAGAAAAGUUUUUUUAAGUUAUUGGGAUAGAAAUGUAUUCACUGCUGCUUUAAAUUGUCUUUUAUCCAACCUUUGUAUUUAAUACACUAAAAAAAAAAUCUAGUUAGAGUUCUGUUAUCAAGACUCAAUUCUUAAAUGAUGUGCAUAAGUUAUUUUGGUAUUUUGCCAAUAUAUUGCUCCAAAUGAAUAUGUGUGUGAGCACUCUUGUGUGUGGUGUGCAUGUUUGUGUUUGUGUUUAAAAUGCCAAUUUUAUCAGUUAAGUGGACAUUAAAUGCAUGUUACUAUCUGGUUGAUAUAUACUUCUUUGUAUCUCUGACAUAAUAUAUUUUCAUUAGUGGUUUAAAUCAGUGGUAAAGAUGAAUUAAGUUUUAAAUAUUGACAGGUUUACCAUUUGUAAAUAAAAAUUGCCUGUUUGCAAUGUUAUUGCUAUUUAAAAAAAAAAAAGAAAACUUUAUAAUACCAAAGGAAAACUAUUUCAGAGAGCUAUAGUAACAUAUAAUAAUGUAGCUAAAGUGAUAAAAUAGCCUUGAUUUUAAAAGCUGAUUCAUUAUCAGAAUGCUAUAGUAAGUGUCUAGUUUAUUAUAAUAUGUUGUACUUGUUUAUUUUCCACAUAUCUUUAUCUCAGAUCUCUACCUGCAGAAACAGUGAGUUGUCCUCUUUCGGAAUACUACCUCUUUUUGCUAAUCAAGGCAUACUCUUUUGAAAAUAAAGAUUCUAAGCAAACAGGGAGUUAUACAAAAAAAUACAAAAUAAAAAGCCAUAUAUACUAUAAAGUUCCUUAACUACAUUGACUCCUGGGAUUGCAUUUUUAUUUCUGUAUAUGUGAAUAUGUUGCUAUAAUGUAUUAAGGCUGAUUUUCCUUUUAAUAUAUUUCGCCAAGUGAUGCACUUUAUGAUAAUUAAACUCCUUUGUGCCAAGUUUAAUUGGUGAAUUUCUUUAGUAAGUGGAGUUAAGAAAAAGAAUUAUGUGUGCCUUCACUUUCACUUUUAUACCAGUCUGCUAGGGUCUGUGAGUCAGCUUUAUGAAAAGGUGUUUAUUUCAGAUUUGCUUAUACUUGUUGAAAGUGCCUUGUUUCGUUUUUACUAUAUGAAGUUACUCAUUUAUUUUCUAUUUCCACUGCUUUGCAUAUUGCUGUUAAUAAGUGGUGUAAUCCUGCUAGCAUUUUGAAGUCCCGGUUGGUAUAUUGAACUGCAUGUGCUUUCUAAAAGCUGAGGGAAACUUACUGGGAAAAUAGAAUAACAGUCUCCAGUUUUGUUUUCUUCACUAUCUAAAAGUUUAUCAGUAUCUUGAUGUACAUAUUAAAAUGUAGUUGUUAAAAUUCUAUUUAUGUAGAUUAAGAGAUCAAGUGGCUGUUGUCAACUUUUGAUCUAAAAAGGAAACUGCUCCUUACCAAAGUACCAAAAAUUUUAAAAGCCUUUGUCAAAAUGCACAUGUUCUCAGAGUAUUUUCCACAAAGUAUACUAGAAGUGUGUUUACUAUCCUGGGAGAUUGGAAGAAUAUAAUAAACUGUUCUCUUUGUUCAUUUCAAAAUAUUCUAGGCUUAAAAAGGCUUACAAAGAACAAUCAUUUAAAUUAAUAUAAUUUUUAGUCUAAUGACAAGAUGAUAUUUGCUAAAUUCCAGAUAUUAUAGUGCUACGUACAUGUCUGUUUUAAAGUGAACCAUACACUUUCAAAAUCUGGCCUUUCAGAAGAUUGUAUGUAAAGUUUUGGAUGGGUGAAGAAAACCUCUUGUUAAUUAAAUAAACCACUAUUUAUAUUUAGAAUUUACUUUUUUUACUUUUAUGAUGCAUUUUAUUCCCAGUACUAUAUUCAUUUAAUAAAUUAUUUUUUCAGUGUAGCAGUAGCUGUGUUGUUUAGAUCUUGAAUAUCAUUUUUCCCUUCAAUUUCAUGUUCUCUCUAUCCCUUGUAAUUAUUGUAAAUUUAAUUGUACUUAACUGCUGCAUUUCACAGAUGUGGAAUGACUUUAUGAUUUUUUUUUUUUUAGGUUUACAUUUUGUAUUACUGAUCAUUUUAAAUCUUUGUGAAUAGGUGCAAUGCACUUCAAAUGUAACCAAAAUUAAUAAAAAAAAUUGGACAUAAUUCAAACAGGAAA